AUGGAAAUCCUCAAUCCAAUUUUGCCAAAUAAUUGCUUAGACCCACCUGGUUUAGGCAACAAAGCCGCCCCACCGACAUUGUUCACCGAAGAUUCCAUCAAAAUGACAUCGCCAUCGAAACAACGCCUCAAAAAACAGACUUGGUGCAGACGUUUGAUGUACAAGAGGUUGCCCAUAACAAGAUGGAUAACGGAAUAUAACUCUGAGAAGGCUGUUGCUGAUAUCAUAGCAGGGAUAACGGUUGGCCUUACAGUCAUACCACAGGCUUUAGCAUAUGCCACACUAGCAGGUUUAGAUCCUCAGUAUGGCUUGUAUUCAUCGUUCAUGGGCUGCUUCGUUUACAUCUUCUUCGGGUCCUGCAAAGAUAUCACUUUAGGACCGACUGCUCUAAUGGCACUAAUGACGUAUCAACAAAUCCAAAAUAGAAAUUCAGACUAUGCUGUGUUACUUUGCUUCCUCACCGGAGUAGUACAGUUAAUUAUGGGAAUCUUACAUUUAGGUGUUUUAAUAGACUUCAUAUCAGUCCCGGUGACAGUAGGUUUUACGUCAGCAACCUCUGUAAUCAUCGCAGUUUCACAAAUAAAAAGCCUCUUGGGUCUGCAAUUUAAAUCUGCUGGAUUUUUGGACACUUUACAGAAGGUCUUUAAAAAUAUACCUAAUUCUCGAUUAGCGGACAGCACACUAGGCAUUUCGUGUAUUAUUAUUUUAUUACUAAUGCGAAAAAUAAAAGACGUAAAUCUGUCGCCUAGAAGGAAGAAAUUAAAAAGAGCGUUAUGGCUACUGUCUACGUCGAGAAACGCAUUAGUUGUGAUCUUAUGUUCGGUGACAGCUUACGUUAUGGAAAGACAUUCCAGUGACUUUUUCAAGUUGACCGGAACUGUGAGAGAAGGUCUCCCUUCUUGGAGUACUCCGCCAUUUAGUACGUCAUAUGGUGGAAGAAACGUAACAUUCAUCGAAAUGUGCUCAGACCUCGGCUCAUCUAUAGUUUUAGUUCCUGUAAUAGGAGUGUUGGGAAACGUCGCCAUUGCGAAAGCUUUCGCUAGCGGAGAAACGGUAGACGCUACCCAAGAAUUGUUUACCCUGUCCCUCUCUAAUAUAUUGGGCUCAUUUGUGACGGCAAUGCCCAUAACAGGUUCAUUCUCGAGGAGUGCAGUGAAUCAUGCCAGCGGAGUUGCAACACAAAUGGGUAGUGUUUACACAGGUGUUUUAGUACUGCUGGCAUUGAGUUUGCUCACACCAUACUUCUACUAUAUACCAAAGGCAUCACUUGCGGCCGUUGUCAUUUCAGCUGUGAUAUUUAUGAUAGAAUACGAGGUAGUGAAACCGAUGUGGCGUUCGAGACGCGCUGAUUUGGUGCCGGCUUUCGCGACUUUCGCUUUGUGUUUAGCGAUCGGCGUGGAGUUGGGCAUACUGGCCGGUAUAGCGGUUAACGUAGUACUCCUGUUGUAUCCCAGUGCUAGACCGCAGUUGGAAGCUGAAAUUGUUACAAACUCUUCAGGCUUCAGUUACGUUUUAGUAACAGUAGGAAACAGCCUAUACUUCCCUAGUGUAGAAUACAUCAGACAGUACGUAGAACGGGCAGCUAAGAAGCAAGGCGGCUGCAGCAUGCCUGUUGUCAUCGAUUGUAGAUAUGUGCUUGGUGCAGACUUUACAGCUGCCAAAGGGCUCUGUGCGUUGUCAAGUUCUCUGUUAUCGCGCGGGCAACCUCUAGUGUUACUGUCACCGCGAGCUAACGUAGCGUCAGUCUUCAGUGGAGCCGGAUCUAGCGUGCUGGUUGUGUUGACAGCGGCAGAACUAGAUGCCACAUUACACAAUCUCACCGGCCAAAUUCCACUAUCUUCACUCAACUCCAAAUCUAGAAACGUGACCCCACCACCCAACUAUGAUUCUUUACGUCAAGAUGAUGACAUCACAGAAGUGUUGGUCACCGCACCUGUUAACUCCACCCCCUUGCUCCACGGUACGAGACUUGGCAAAACCGAAAUAGAUGACACGUGACACUUGCGAUAGAAGCUAGUAUAAUAUUUAUAUCAUAGAUGGCGGUGUUUAUAUGAAAAUGUAUAUCCUCAUAAGCUGUUUUU